GGCACUGCUACGGUCGUGAGACGAUUGAGUCAGACGUUGUUGGCGCUGGUCUCUCAGACAGAGGAGAGAGAGAGAGACAGAGAAGAGAGAGAGGGGCGGCCUUCCUCUGCUUUUCUAUUCGUUUGUUUCUCUCUCUAAAAAAACACUCUUUUUAUCUCCAACUCCCUCACCGUGUUUUUUGCAAUCUCCGUUUUCUGGGUUUGUUACCGAUUUUCCCUCUCUAUUACUCAACUCAACCUGUCAUCCAUUUUUCUUUUUCCUCUCCGAAUCUCUCUCUACUUUACAUUCCAUCAUCACCUAGUUUCUCUUCUACUUUGUUAAUCACUCCUUUUCAUUUGUGGGUUUUCUUGGAUUGAUUGAAUCGUUUUUCUUUUUUCAAGAUUGAUCUGGUCAGGUGGUCUGGUUUGAUCAUUUAAACUUGAAUUUGAUCGUGGGUUUUUAUAGAAUUCGGAGUAAUUGUUUAUGGGUUUGGUGAAUGUGAUAUUGUUUUCGAUCUCUUGAUUUGGGUUUGCAUUGCAUUUGCAAGGGAAAAGAAGAGAAGAAGACAAUUCGAUUUUUGUUUGUUAAAAGCGAAGUAUCUAUAGAUCUGAUCUAUACACCUUUUAAAACUUUUUCCAUAUAUUUGUUCUUUAUAAAGUGCCAUAAUUCGAUUCUUUGUGUUUAUACCCUUUUAGGGGUUGUUCAUUGUUUAAAGUGAUUUCCUUUUAAAUGUUGAAAGAUUUGACAUUUGAAUUCGAGUACUGUUCUCAUCGUCGCGGAUUAAGCUAAUUCGAUUUAUUUGCAUAAUUGUAGAUAGAUAAGGGUGAAUUUUGUGGAUUAAUCUUAUAAUUAGGCCGCGAAAUCCAAAGGGUUUUCGGGGAUUUCCUUGAAGGCGUCGUGACGGAUUCGUCUACCGAAAAUAGGGGGUGUGAUUGUUUGGCUGGUCUGGAUUGCUUAUUGAAUAUCAUCAGGGCCCUGAGCAUGGGGUCCUGCUUGUCUGCUGAAAGCAGGAGCCCUCUCCUCCCUAGUUCCCCUCUGGGAAUUAGGAAGAGGAAGAGCUCGAAAAAGAGGAUUGGGUCUCGGAAUUCUUCGUUUGAUUACAGGAGGGAAGAACAAUUGCAUAGGAUUCCGGGGCGGAUGUUCUUGAAUGGGUCUAGUGAAGUUGCUUCACUCUUUACCCAACAAGGCAAGAAAGGGACCAAUCAAGAUGCCAUGAUUGUUUGGGAGAACUUUGGCUCAAGAACUGACACAGUUUUCUGUGGCGUUUUCGAUGGUCAUGGCCCCUAUGGUCACAUGGUUGCAAAGAGAGUAAGAGAUUCCCUUCCCUUGAAAUUGAGUGCUCAUUGGGAAGUUAAUAUAAAGGGUGACGAAGUUCUCAGAGAGAUCAGUCUUAAUAUCAAUGGUAGCAUGAACUCUGAAGGUACUUCUUUUAUAUCUGCUGAUGAAGAAUCCAGGCCAUCCAUUGCUGUUGAAGAAACAGAGAAGCAGCCAGAGAUCUUUCAGACACUGAAAGAGUCAUUUCUGAAGGCAUUCAGAGUCAUGGAUAGGGAACUAAAAAUGUAUACAAAUAUUGAUUGCUUUUGCAGUGGGACGACAGCAGUAACACUGGUGAAACAGGGCGAGUAUCUUGUGAUUGGAAAUGUUGGGGACUCGAGAGCUGUGCUGGGUACCAGAGAUAAAGAUGAUUCUCUUCGUGCGGUUCAGUUAACAGUGGACCUCAAACCAAAUCUUCCAGCUGAAGCUGAGAGGAUUCGAAAAUGUAGGGGGCGUGUUUUUUCCCUUAAAGAUGAACCUGAAGUUGCCCGAGUUUGGCUGCCAAACAAUGACUCCCCUGGACUUGCAAUGGCCCGGGCUUUUGGAGAUUUCUGCCUCAAGGAUUUUGGUUUGAUCUCUGUGCCUGAAAUUACUUAUCGAUGUCUAACUGAGAAGGAUGAGUUUGUCGUCUUGGCUACAGAUGGGAUUUGGGAUGUGCUUUCAAACAAAGAAGUGGUAGACAUUGUAGCUUCUGCCCCGGCACGUUCGUCCGCAGCUCGAGCUCUUAUUGGGUCUGCAGUUCGGGCUUGGAGGUGCAAAUACCCUACUUCCAAAGUUGAUGAUUGUGCCGUGGUUUGCCUCUUCCUAGAUUCAAACUCGAACAAUUUCUCUACUGCUUCAAAUGCCAAAUCCAAUGAGAAGAUUAUGUCAAUGGAUCAAACCUACAUUGAUGGUGAGAAAGACGAUCCUUCUGUCCCUGCCAGGCUGGAUCGUUCUGGCACCGUUCGACCUUGUGAAGAAAUUCAUCCAGAAAGAAACAAGGACAUGGAAAACGAGGAAGCAAUGCAAAUGGACUCAGAAAAGGACUGGUUAGCUCUAGAAGGAGUGUCUCGUGUAAACACACUAUUGACUUUGCCGAGGUACAUCCCUGGAAAAGAGAAGAAAGUUUCUUCAUAGACAAAAGCUUGGAAAUGAUAAAGCCAAAAAUGUAUCACUUGGAUUUGCUUUUUUGUUCAUUGAUUUUUUUUCACCAUUUUUGCACUUCCUAGUUACGCUGUCUCUAUUUAUGGUUUCUUUUCUCUACUAAAGAAAAAAGAAGGGAAAAAAGGUAAGUGAUCGAUGUUUAUUUAGGACAUGGAGAUGUGGCCCGGCUAUAUUAGAGUGUCUGGGAAAUCAUCUUUUUACGUUUUUGUUUUUGGCUUUUCUCCAAUGUGGAUAGAAUUGGAAUUUUGUAAAAUUGUUCAUUUUGGUCGUUAAAAUUUUUCUUGUGAUUUGUUGGGUUGUCAUUUAUGUUAAAAAUAACCUAUUGUGGUGAUGAAGCCAUUCGAGUGA